AUGGAAGAAUAUAGUCUUGCACAUGAUUAUUUAACUAAGCUAACGAGAAUUAUAUCUGAUGAAAAUGACACUCGUGAUUUAGCACUCGUCUAUUAUUACCAAGGAUUAAACUUUUAUCGAGAAGGAAACUAUACUCAAUCUAUGAUUGAAUAUGAAAAAGCGCUUGCUAUUCAGCGUAAACUAUUUUCUGAAGGUCAUUCAGAUCUCGGUGAAACAUUGAGAGGCAUUGGUGUAAUCUAUGAUAAUGUAGGAAAAUAUGAACUUGCAUUAGAAAAACAUCUCGAAUGUUUAGCUAUAAGUGAAAAAAUGCUUUCAAAAGAUCAUGUUCAUAUUGCUGAAGCAGUGAAUAAUAUUGAUGUAUGUUAUGAUCGUAUGGGUAAAUUUGAAUGGGCAUUAGAAUAUGAUAUUCGUGCUCUAGAAAUGAAACAACAUCUUUUCCCAUAUGAUCACCCUGAUGUAGAAACAAGUUUGAAUAAUAUUGGUUAA